GCGAGGAAGGCCGCCCGAGGGAAACGCCCUUUCGUAGCGAACGGCUCCGCAGCGAGGUGGGCCCGUCAGUGGAUGGGUGAUAAGCACAAACCUCAGAGGAACGUGGACAUCACUCAUGCCCAGUGGACCGCCCUGUUGUGGUCGAGGGCGCUCAGCCAGCUGACGGUCCAGGCGCAUUCCGGCGCCGAGGCCGUCAGCGUGCAGGCGCUGCUCACGGAGUUCCUGGGCGCCGACAGGCUCGCAGUCCAGGGGCCUGGCCGGGUCGCGGCAGAGUGCGACAGGUCCCUCUGGGACGACAUGUCGGAGCGGGCCCUCAGGAAGGACAGGAGUAACAUCCCCGAGGCCAUUUUCAUGGCCGCGAACGAGAAUAAGCUCUCCUGGGCGCGCGAGGCAGCGAAGCACGCUGUGGAGGCGCGCCCGCAGCAGCAGCCACCGUGGAGGGCUGCGCCCAGCAGCAAAAUCGCCAGCGAGGGGGCGCACAAGCAAAAGGGGGGCCCGUGCCCGCCGGCCCCUCCUGCCCCGGGCAAGGGCAAGGGCAAAGGUCGACCAGGGCUCGGCGGCGGCGCGCUUUUGUCCGAUUUGAAGCAGCGCUGUGCCGAGAUCAGUGCCCGGACUUUCGGCCGCGCCCAGCGCCGGGCCAGUUCUGCAGGUCAUGACCGGGCCCUCGUGGCCGAAAUCUGGGCGCAAACCAUGAAGGGCGUAGAUGAAGGCAGAGCUGGGCCACCAGUGCCUUUGGAUCGAACGUAUAUGGGCGACAUUUUGCUGGUCGUAUUCGGCACAUGGGAGCAGCACGGAGAGGCGGCCUCGCCGAAAGUGAGGAGCAUCAGGAAGUUCAGGACCAACGGCGUGAACGAGUGCGCUUUCAUGCCCCGGAGAUUUCGGUGCGAUGAUCCCCAUCAGAUGGUCGCCGCGCUCCGCCUGCUCUCAGAGAGCCACGACAACGCAGCCCCGGCAAUGGGGAAGGCAGAUUUCAGCUCUGCCUUCAAGAG